UACCCCUCCCGCCUGCAACUCAUCUGGAUGGAGAACAGGCACAAGGUCCAGACCGUGGAGUCCCCCCAGGCCACGAGAAACCCGGAUGGGACCUACUCGCUGGAGCACACCUUGCAGACCAAGGCCCUGCGGGAAGGAAGCGAGUUUGCCUGCUGGGCCGUGCAGGAUGAGCAGCCCCCUAUCCAGGCCAACAUCACCCUACAGCUUCAUCACUUGGGGAGAAAAGCCACACAAAGCCACUCUUUCUCCGUGCAAGGCCCCCUGCAGCGCUCUGAACCUGGCACGAGCAUCCAACUGACCAUGACAGCCUCUGGCUUCUCCUCGAGUCACGUCACUGUGACCUGGCUUAAAAACAACUACAGCCUCCCGAGCUCCCAGACCAGCAGCCGCCAGAGUGGACACACCUACAAUGUGACCAGCUCCGUGCUCGUCCCGCUGCGGGCCGACGACCUGUCCUCGCUGGUCCUCUGCCGUGUCAAGCACAAUUCUACAACAAUUUUCCGCAAAAGCAUCGAGCUGAAGUACUACCUCCGCGUGCCCCCUGCAGUGACAGUGUCCCGGUCUUCACCUUCCUUGGACUUGGUGAUUGUUGCCUGUCAUGUGAGGAACUUCUACCCUGAGAGCGUGCAGCUCACCUGGCUGGAGAACUGCCAUGUGUUCAAGGAUGCUAAGCUACCCAAGCCCGCGCAGAAUACUGACGGCACCUACACCCUGGAGAGCUCGCGGCUAGUGAAUGUCUCGGGGUGGGGGUCUGAGCUGGUGGUCACCUGUAAGGUAGAGCAUGAGGCCCAGCCCCCUGUCGCUGCUAACCUCAUACUGGUCCCAGCAGUCAACGCAGACAACGAGCCCAGCGAGAGCCCAGGUCCAGAGAUGCCUGCCCUUAUCUUUGUGACAUUGCUCCUGGGCUUCAAGGUGCUGAUGGUGAUGAGUUUCACAGUCACUUACAUCCACAGACGGUGGGGCCUAUAACAGCUCCUGCACACCCUGUGAUGUAUUGCCUCGUGUGUGCCCCAAAGGACUCCGAAUGGGAAGAGAAGCUGCAAGGACCUGAGAUUACCCGAGACCCCCGCCCUUCACUCUGCUGUCCCCACCGGACCACAGACACGCGCCCUUCCUCACACCUGCGAUGCUGUCCCUACUCUAGUAUUUAGAGCUGAGUCAAAGAUGAACUUUGAUCAUGGACUCAGACCGUCUGGAUCCCGAGGCGCUGGGAUCGGCCUCCACCCAAGACAAUCAGGCAAAUCAAAAAACAGGUUUCCACCCUUCCCCUGCUCAUGAACAACCACCAUUUUCAGAGCGUAGUUUCCAUUGAUCCAGAGCUAUUACAAGUACGCUAUCAU